AAAAUAAUAAAAAUUCUAUACAUAACAAAUAUAGUAAUUGACAUCAAGAACCAGUUUAAUAUAAUAACAAAUAAGAAGUUGCCUUGUAGUGUUAUAUUUUUUGUGCUGCUGAAAAAAAGUGGAAAACACCCACGUUCCUACCACGUAUCGUCGUCUACAUACGAAAAACUUAUUAUUAUUAUUAUUAAUUCUUAAAGAAGUUUGAGUUGAUACUAUUGAAGUCGUCGUCGUCGUCGUAGCAGAGCAAAACAAAACGAAGCCAGCAGUUCGAUCGAAUUCAAAAGGGAAACAUUUUAAUGGAUUAUAUCAUCUACUUGUAGCAACUUGAAUGGUCUCUUUCUCCGUUUCUGUCUCUCGUUUCUGUGCACAUUGUUAAGUAAUAAGACAAUAAGUGAACUAAUGAAUGAAACAUUAAAGAAGAGAGAAGAAUAAGUGACUCGCAGUUUUGUCUUCGCCGCAAUAUAAUGCAACAAUAAAUAACUGAUCCGUGUUAACAAACUAAAUAAGACAAAUCAUAUGAUGUGAUACAACUUAAUUAUUAUUACAUCGCUGCUUACAUUAUUUGGUUUUCUUUUUAUUUAUUCCGUUUGGUAACUUUUUUUUUGCAACUCUCGCAUUGAAGUACAAGAGAAUCGUGAAAGUACACGAGAAAAAAAAUUGUGUUUAAAUAAUCUUUCAUUAGGACAAUAAUAUUAUUCCCUCGUGGAUUUUAGCUGAAAAAAAUAAAAAAAACAAAUCGUGCCAACAACAAUUUACGUGAAAUUUCCCAAAGGGAGUCAAAGUGUGACUAAAAUUGUUCAUGUCUGUUUAAACCUAUAUUUUUUUUACUUUCAAACGCCAACUGCAUCAGCGAUAGAGACGGAAAAACAAACAAAUUUAUUAACAAAUAGCUACAAGACAAGCAAAGAGAGAAAAAAAACGGCAUAAAUGCAACACGACACCUGAUACACAAGCCCUGAUACUAAUUAUUAUUCAUAUCGUGCCAAUACUUUUUUUCUUCUCCUCCGCGCGCACUCCACGAAGAAAAUAAAGAAAUAAAAACGAGUAAUCAUUUUUAAUUACACAACACAUAAAAUAAUUGAAUAAUAAGUCUUCCUUCUAUCGUGCAACCUAAAAUAAAAAAUGAACCUAAAAAAGUGUGAGAAAAAUUAAAAAGAUAAACCACAAGACAUAGACAGAUAAUAUCCGAUCAAUGCAACUCAUAAAUAAAAAUAGCUGAAUCACACAACACACAAACGAUUUUGCACCAGACAAUCAUCUAGUCCGCGAAGCUAUCUCAAUCGAAUGCCAUGGACGCGAGAAUUGGACUGGAUUACAUUGUCGAAAACUCCGAUUAUGUGGUGAAAUUGGGCGCUGCUCUCGACACGAAAAAUCUCCUCGUGAAGAAACAGGUCUUUGAACUCUUGUCGGCCUUGUGUGCCUACAGCACGGAAGGGUAUGAGCGCGCCUUGCAAACACUCGAACAUUACAAGAAUCUAAAAAGUGAACGAUAUCGCUUUAACGUCGUCGUUAAUGAACUAGAUAGAGCCACAGCCAUCGAAUAUCAAGUAGCCAUUUUAGCAUUUAUUAAUUGUGUGAUUAUCUCGACCGUAGACUUAACCGAGCGUUGUCGUAUAAGGAAUGAGUUUAUAGGAUUAAAUUUGUUACCGGUGAUAAAGAACAUAAGACGUUCCGCCAGUAGUGUGCCCGAUCUCGGUGUCCAGCUCGACGUGUUUGACGAACAGAGAGAAUGCGACGAAUCGCAGAGCCUCCAGGGCCCCGACGGCAUAAAUCUCAGCUCGCAUCUUGAUGUCUUCUACGCGAUAUUGCGCCAAGUGGCAGACACACCGCAGGAAAUCCCCUUUCUCAGUAUCUUGCAGCACUUGCUCCGGAUCGAUCCGAAGGAACCAAUUAGUGAUAUUAUAUGGGAUGCCACAGAAACGCUAGUGCAUCGUGCUACGCUUAUCGAGAAUCGCGACGAUGCCGCAAAACUCCUAAAGACACCGAGUAUUCCGAAGUUUUCGUGUCCGCACUGCAUGCCAAACGGCCGAAAAUCAUCGUUGGGACCAUCCGCAUCGGCAACUAGUAUACCCAUCGUGCCAAAUAACGCAGCGACAGUGUCGUCGACGACAGGUGUGCCACCACCACCGCCGCCUGUUCCUGCAGCUCCGCCUCCGCCACCCCCAAUGGCAGCGCCGCCUGCUCCUCCCGCACCCCCAGCUCCCAAAAUCGCACACAGCAAGACGGGCAAUGAAGUUACCAAACCAAAAACGCCAGAGCCUACCUCAGAUUCGCGCACGUUGCCGCAACAAGAAACGCCGGUGCCGCGUGCCAAGAUGAAAACCAUCAACUGGAACAAGAUUCCGCAGAACAAGCUCAUGGGCACGAACAACAUUUGGACAUUGGUGGCCGAUGCGCAUCAAGAUAGUCCGAUGACGGAGAUGAAUUGGGACGAAAUGGAGGGCUUGUUUUGUCAGCAACCGACACAGGGAUCACCGAAAUUGGGACGAGAUAGUAACGACGGAACGCCCGAGCGAAAAACCAAGCGAGAUAAUGAGAUCACGUUGCUCGACGGGAAACGAAGUUUGAACGUGAAUAUCUUCCUGAAACAAUUUAGAAGCUCUAACGAAGACAUUAUUCAGUUAAUCAAAAAUGGAGCUCAUGACGACAUCGGAGCGGAAAAAUUGCGCGGACUUUUGAAAAUUUUACCAGAAAUCGAUGAACUUGAAAUGUUAAAGGCAUUCGAAGGAGAUCGCAGUCGCUUAGGAAAUGCUGAAAAAUUCAUAAUGCAACUCAUUGAAGUGCCUAACUACAAAUUGCGAAUUGAAAGUAUGUUACUGAAAGAGGAAUUCGCAUCGAACCUGAAUUACUUACAAACGUGCAUCAAUGCGAUGUUAUAUGCAGGAGAUGAUUUGAUGACAAACAAACACCUCCAAGAAGUUUUGUACAUGAUUGUUGUUGCUGGCAACUUCUUGAACGCCGGUGGUUAUGCUGGAAAUGCCGCUGGCGUCAAACUAACUUCACUUCAAAAGCUUACAGAAAUUCGUGCGAAUAAACCUGGAAUGAAUUUGAUCCAUUUCGUAGCUUUACAAGCGGAAAAACGGAAUCCGAAGCUUUUGGCGUUCCCCGAGGAGAUUUCUGCACUGGAAAAUGCUUCGAAGACAACUCUCGAACAACUGAAUAACGAAAUUAACACUUUCGACAAUCGCAUCACGAAAAUUAAGAAACAAAUCGAUCAAUUGACCGAAAGGGACAUCAAAGCGCAAAUGGCAGAUUUUCUAUUGGCUGCCGUUAACGAUGUGUCCAUGUUACAAGAUGGCAUGCGAGAACUUGAAGUGCUGCGUGGUCAACUCGCGGAAUUCUUCUGCGAAGACCCAAAUUCAUUCAAGAUGGAAGAAUGUUUCAAAAUUUUCUACCAAUUUUCGGAAAAAUUCAGACAAGCAGUGCGUGAAAACGAAAAACGACGCGUUUUGGAAGAACAAGCGAUCCAAAGACGGAAGCAACGAGAAGAGCAAUUGGCAAGCAAACGAAGACAAUUUUUGUCGAGUACUCCAGUGUCCGAUUCCGAGAACGGAUUCAUGGAUUCAACGUAUUACGAUAUCAGAAUGUCUCCGGCGAUGAAUCGUCGUCGCAUUGGUUCCUUCAACAGCAAUGGCGAUGGGUCUCUUGUAAAGGAUAGUGAGUCACCAGAUAUCACACCGAACGGAACUUUACGCCGUCGUCGUAGUAGGGUCUUGUCAGAGGAAGAUGAAGGAAAUUUAAUGGAUUUCCUCCGUUCCUCUGGACAUGAUAAUAGUACGCGCGAACGUAAAGGCGCUUCCUACGGCAGUCUCGAUCGUUCCUGGGCGCGUCGUGCUCGUUCAGGCAGCAACAGCAAGAAACGCCCAGACUUACUGAACGUUGAUUUCAACGCAGAUCGUGAGAGACCGAGUUCGCCAUCGCCAUUGGCGGAAACAAAACCGCUUCCCGGAGAGCCCCCAGCGACGACGUCACAGGAUUCAAGACCUCGGGAAUGGCGACAGAAGAUCGAAUCGUGGUUGCAGGCCAAUGAGCGAGACGAUCGACAAGAUGAUGAGUACAGGAGGCGCAUGCGACGGGUGACGGCUAAUAGGCGAUCGCUCGAAACCGAUACAGAAAGCGAACGUGGAGGGAAAUUGGAUCCCUUACCGGAAGAAAAGCCAGGACAAACUGUUUUGUCACCCGAUAGCUACAAACGAGUUUAUCCCGAUUGGAAGCCAACAUCAACGAUUGACCAAACGAAUGUUGAAAAGACAUUGGAAGCAAUUGCUAAUGAAGAUGCAAAACCAAACAAAGACAAAUCCGCAUGGCGCAAAUCGAAUCUAAAUGUCUCAAACAGCACCGAAGACGCUGAAGAACGUCGUCUCCGCCGUCAACGUUCUCGCGAAGGAGGCAGCAACGGCGGCACUUUACACUCCAUCGACGAAGAGGAAAACAAACGCAAAAAUAUCAUUCAAUCCUUAGGAGAUCGCGCCGCAACCGACAAGCUCUCUAUUUAUCUGCGUCGUCCGUCGGACAACGAACCCAAAUCUCCCGUCCGUUCACCAGUAUCUAGCAACCAAACAUCAUCCCUAGACAGUAGUAGUAAUAAGCAAUCAAUUUACAUCAAGCAGGGCGGCACGACGCCGCCCGCCGAAAAACACUCAAUCUACAUCCGUCAGAACAAGGAAUCUCCGUCCACGAUUUCGUCGGUGAUCAAGGUUUCGCCCGAGAAACAAAGUCGCGCGGAAAUUGAUGCUGACAACAUUGAAACGCCGCCAACGCAACGUCGAGUCUUGAACACGACCUGCCGUCGUUUCGAACCCCGUCCUUUGCAUCCCGAAACCCUCGAAUUGGAUUCCAAAAAAGCUUUAAUUAAUCCCGCGGAACAAGAAGUCCUUGGUGAUGGGCAAUUCGAUAGAUUUUCCGCGGCACGUCGAACGCGACGCUUUAAACGCCCAACUGACUACAGUAGUGGCACCGAAGAACGAACUUCAAGUACGACACCCGAAUCUCCGCCAAAAGACGUCCUUGACACCCCAACAACGGAAAAAUCUGAGGAUCGCUUGAAACAGUGGCAACACAAAAUCAAAAAUUUGGAUGCGGAACUCGAAAAAGAUGCCGACAAAGCAACUUCGAGUUCAAUCUCGUCUCGCAUUAAAAGCACCGGAGGUCGAAAUAUCACGAAAAUCAGUCAAGAAGAUGUUCGUGAUGCCAUUCGGAGUCUCAAAUCGCCGACGCCAGAUCGCACAUGGGAUGCGAAAGACUUUAAAAUUAACGGGCCCGUUACGGUAGCAGCUACCAAGCCACUUACGCACGAGCUUAACGACGAAGGUUUCGAAGAAACGCAAAGUUUGGUCUCUGACACGCCAUCCUCGUGCAACGACACGACAACUACUGACACAAAAGGGCGUCGCAAACCCGAACGACUUGCUUCGACAGACAGUGCUGCUACGAGUGCGAGUGACGUUUCCCGUAAUCGUCGCAAUAAUACUCCAACAUCCAAAUCGAACACCCUCCAAAGCCUCUUGGUGAAAAAUCAGCAAAGUUUGGAGAAAUCUCGAUCCCUUCGUGGCGCUCCUCCGUCCAAAAUUUCGCAACUUGCAACAAAACGCGCUACUUCGAUGCGUGUCAAACCUCCUGGCAGCGGUUCUCUCGCCAGUAACGAAGCCAAUCGUCGUCUCGAUGUCGAACGAAGUAGUUCUCGUGCGAGUCUUCGGAGCUCCCGGUCCUCCAUUAACAGCGCCGUGUCGACAAAUACCGUCAAAAAAGUGCCAUUAAAAUCUUCCUCCAUCGGUUCGGCAUCAUCCGCAUCCACGAAUAAACGUCCCUUGUCGACGCAAAAUGUCGCCAAGACCACAACACGCACUCCGGCAUCGCGUAGCAGCUCGAGCGGAUCCAGCAUCGGACCGAAUCGCAAGACGCCCGUGAAGAGUGUUGCUCCGAGUCAUACGACGAGUUUCAAAGAAAAUCAACGCGAAUCGUCGAUUACGAGACCUGUGAGGACGGCAUCGACUACGAGAUCGCCCUCGACGGGUAUCGGCAGUUUGUCAAGUAGCGCCAGCGCAACAAAUAGAAGUUCCACGACGCCAUCAAGGGGAUUCUCGAAGCCAUCGUCGUCGUCGUCGUUUAUGCGACCCACAGCUGCAAGCGCUACAAAAGUCAAAGGCAAAUAAAAAAAAAGUAUAUUUUAGAGCGAGUUUAAAAUUAGAUAGAAG